UUACUGAUGUUCAUGUUUUUCCCACCUUCCCCUCUCUAGUCUUUCUCUCUCCAAUGAUCACUCUUUAAGUGUCACUUAACUUUGUGGGUGGGUACAAAACUUAUGGUCUAUUCUUGAUAAUUUGGCCACUUCUAAGAUUUCUACUGACUACUAUAUUGUAGUUUUGCUAUACAUUGAAUUCCUGAAGCAGUUAAAUCCUGUAUGUUUUUGAGAAAAUUUUCAAGCUUAAUGACCUAACCAAGCAUUUUUAAGGAGUGCUUUCCACCUAAAACCCAAUUUUGUCCUUCCACUAAACUGCAUUCUCAUUGCUUUUUCCUCACUUAAUUCUUUCUUAUUUUUUCUGGGUUUUUUUUUGUGUGUGGAAAUUUUAGUAGUUUCUUUGGAAAAAGAUAAUUGAGACCCAUGUUGUAUUUUAGAUUCAUUGUUCAAUUUACACUUCUAUGUCUUGAAUUUCUACUUCUUUCUGUUAUGGGUGUAACAAUGAGAUGAAAGAUUUGAAUUUUAUAAUCUAGUUUAUGAGGUGGGAAAUGGAGGCAGAACUCAGUUUCUUGGUGCUCAGAUUUUUGGUUAUUGUGUGUGCUUUCCUAAUUCAUGGAUCUGCAGAUGGAAGAGGCCAUGCUGUAGGUUAUGCUGUAUCUCCUGCAGUUACCCCUGGCUUCAUCGAUGAAAGACAUGGUUAUCCUGUUGCAGCACCUCCUAGAAGUACAUUCACUUCUUUUCCUCAUAUGAGUCAUUCUUUCAGCCAAGAUCCUACCAUGCAUGGCUCCAGAAGGCCUGCCUCACUUGCACCAGCUGAAUCACCUUUUCAACACAUCCCAAGGGAACGGAUCAACUCGUUGGGAUAUUCUAAAGAAGAUUCAUAUUAUGAUCAUCAUCAUCGUCAUCAUCAUCAUCAUCAUAGUCAUCAUUAUCAACAUUUUCAUGCAAAGAACCAAUAUGGCAAAUCAGCUGCUGGACCAUCAUACCUUCUUUCUCCCCUGCCACAUGGUCGUCAAUUGCCUAUACAGCCACCCUCUGUUUCACCUUCAAGUUCAUUGGUAAAGAUGAGACCUCCUCCAUCUUCAACAUUUGUAUUACCAUCUCCACCUCCUAAUCAAGAUUGUACGACAAUAACAUGUGCAGAACCAUUGACUUACACUCCAUCUGGAAUUCCCUGUGGUUGUGUGUGGCCAAUGCAAGUCAGAUUGCAACUCAACAUUGCUCUAUACACAUUUUUCCCUUUGGUCUCUAGGCUGGCUGCAGAAAUGGCUUCAAGCCUUUCACUGAACCAAAGUCAGGUUCGCAUCAUGGGAGCAAAUGCUGCGAACCAGCAGCUAGAUAAAACCAUUGUUCUUGUAAACUUAGUUCCACUAGACGGAAAAUUCAAACACGCUGAUGCAUUUUCACUAUAUGAGAAAUUUUGGCACAAGAAAGUUUAUGUAAAUCCUUCCUCCUUUGGUGCUUAUAAUGUGCUCGAUGUUCACUAUCCAGGUCUUCCACCUUCUCCACCUUCCCUAUCGUCAAAUCUUGCUGCCAUAGAAGACCAUCCCUAUCCUGCUAACUAUAAGGGAAAUAGUGGGAGUUCAUUAAAGCCACUGGGGGUUGAUAUACCAAGAAGUCAAAAGAAUACAUCUGACAGAAACAUGCAUACUGUAGUAAUAAUAUCUGUGAUCACAGCUUUCUUAACAUGUGCUGGUAUUGCAUGUAUCUUGAUAGUCAGACAUAGAAGUCCUACUCCUCAGCCUGAAGAAGCUCUAACAACUGUUGCUUCUUCCUUUACAAAGCCAUCAGGAGCUGCUAGGUUUUUGGCAGUAGGGAGCAAAUCGCUUUCUAGAUCAUUGUCUUUUGGUUCUGGGAUGCUAAAUUUUACAGGGUCCGCGAAAAUUUUUAGUCUUCCUGACAUUGAAAGGGCCACUGAUGGAUUUGAUACUUCGAGAGUUCUUGGAGAAGGUGGAUUUGGGGUUGUAUACAGGGGCAUGUUUGAUGAUGGAGAGCAAGUGGCCGUGAAAGUCCUGAAGAGGGAAAAACGCCAUGGAAUUCAUGAGUUCCUAUCUGAAGUUGAGAUGCUUAGCCGUCUGCACCAUAAGAACCUCGUCAAAUUGCUAGGCAUAUGCACAGAGGAUCAUAGUCGUUGCCUCAUCUAUGAACUAGUUCCAAAUGGAAGUGUUGAAUCCCACUUACAUGGAGACAGGGCUGUUGCUUCUCUUAAUUGGACAACCCGCAUGAAAAUAGCGUUAGGGGCUGCUCGAGGUUUGGCCUACCUACAUGAAGAUUCAAACCCUUGUGUCAUACAUCGAGAUUUUAAGUCCAGUAACAUCUUGUUAGAACAUGAUUUCACACCAAAAGUGUCCGACUUUGGAUUAGCUAGAAAUGCUUUGAACGAGGGAAAUCAACCCAUCUCAACUCAUGUUAUUGGAACAUUUGGUUACUUAGCUCCUGAAUAUGCAAUGACUGGGCAUCUUCUCGUCAAAAGUGAUGUUUACAGCUAUGGUGUGGUCUUACUUGAGUUGUUGACUGGAAGAAAACCAGUAGACUUUUCAAAACCACCAGGUCAAGAAAACCUAGUAGGAUGGGCUCUCCCACUUCUCACCAGCCAGGAAGGAUUGGAAAUAGUAAUUGACCCCAUCCUGAAGCCAAGUGCUCCAUUUGAUAGUUUCACCAAAGUAGCAGCAAUUGCAUCUAUGUGUGUACAACCAGAAGUAUCUCGCCGUCCCUUCAUGGGAGAAGUUGUUCAGGCCUUGAAACUCAUAUGCAGUGAGCUUGAUGAUGCGAAUGAGGAAGGACCAGGAAACAAUUUCAACCAAGCACAGGUUUCAAUGGGUGAAGAUGACAAGAGUGGUAAAGUCUCAGCCGACUUUCAAGUGUACCUCGGGACUCGUUAUUCUGCACAUGGGUAUGAAUCAAGCUGUGAUGCUAAGUUACCAUCGUCAGCUGUGGAUUUGGCAAGUAUUUCAGCGGAAUAUCAAUAUUCAGAAAGGCAAUGCAGCUCUGGGCCUUUAGGAUCAGGAAGGAAAAAAUCAUUCUGGCAGAGAUUUGGACGUUUUUCUAGAGGUAGCAUGAAGGAAUAUCUCUGGCAAGGAUCCCAUUGAGUCAAGUAAACCCAAAGAAUCAGCAUUUCAUCAGCUUCCAUCAAUAGAAAUAAGCUGAAAAGCAUUGUAAUUUACAAGUGAGAAUAUGAAGUUUGGGUAUUAGUUUGGAUUUCGUUAUCUUUGUCCAUGCAGCAUAUUAGCAACCUGCUUUGGAUUUUGGACAUUGCUGAUAUAAAUACGCCUUAUGCAUGUUUCGUCAAGUUGUCAGAUGGAACUGAGUUCAGAUAGAAUUUCUGUGGUGUUGAGAAUUGGGGUAAUGCUUGGACCUUUCUACUGUAGGGUUAUCUUGUACAUGGAGGUACUGUAAAAACGUCCUUGAUAUCUCUCAGAUCAUCAGCUUUUCGAAUCCUUGAUGACGUAGAAAUCAAGCUCUUCACCAUUUCAGCAUCUAAAUCACAUCAUCUGCGUAAGGUGAUACAUCCUUUGAUGAGGGAUAAGUUGGUAGAUAAGUCCUUGAUGGUUUUACUCGAUAUGGAUGUUGGCUUCUCCUUCAGCACUUAAUUGGUUUCACUUUCAAUCUACUUCAUGUAGCAAUAUGAGUCCUUUCUAGGUAUGUAUAGAAUUAACGAUGGAGUACGUAAUGUAGUUCAUGUCAGAGAUAAUCUGAUAUAUCGUUUCAA